UGAUCAAAAAGGCGAAUCAGUUGUCCGGGUUUACUUAUUGGGUUGAGGUUUCCGCAUUUCGAAACUCGCCCCCACCGUGCCACAUGGAUCAUGCCCAGUUCACAACAACGACCGCGACGGACGCUGCAAUGACAUUGCCGACUUCAGCUACAAGAACCACGGCGUUGGCCAAAGACCGUGGCGGCAUGCAUGUCGCUGCAGCAGCUUCAACCCUAUGGGGCGGCUUGACCACUUCAACCGAUCGGUACACAGUCGACUUGGUGCAGUGGCAGUCACCAAAUGACCUCCCUGAACGACGCCUAAUGGUCCAGCGCAUCAUUGCCAUGACGAGGCGCCACAAACGACGUGUCUUGCUCGGUAUCGACGACACUUGGGACGAGAAAACCCCGUCACUCGCCAAACGCAUCGAGCUGAGCCUGUACAGUCGAGCCGCGAGCUUCGAAGAGUACAAAGACCUGAACACGUUGCGCCGGCGGUUGCAGAGUUUGGUGUCGUUAAGCUACCACGAAGCGGCAAGCAUGAAGGCGUGUAAGCGGUCACAAACCGAUGACGUGGCCCCACGAAGCGUCAAGCAAAAAAUUGGUCCCCCUGCCCAGCCGACUUCUUCGUCAGUGUUCCUUCUGCACAACGAAGACCUCGUGCGACACAUUUACGGGUUCCUCGAUGGGAAAGACGUAUUGCGACACACGGCCGUGUCUAAGAAAGCGUACUCGUUGCUGCCCUCAUGCGUCCACACCCUUAGCUUGAGCGUGGACACACUGGCCCGAGCAUUUGAGCUUCAGUCGACUCGAUUCCUCAUUCAACUGGUCAACUUGGAAGCGCUUGACGUGUACAGCCACCGUAAGAAACCUUGUACAACCGACAAAUCACACGACGCCGAGAGCAGCAACGUUGCAUUGCAUGCUUGGGGGUGUAGCGAACUCGACAUCUCCCAGACGAACGUCGGCGAAAGCGCGGUGCUGGAGCUCGCCACCGCCAUCUCCCGCGGCGCUGGUUCGAAGCUGCGGCGCCUCCGCCUCGUGUCUGCGUUCACCAACACGUGUCAUCGCAAUGCAAUCCAUGCGUUGUGCGCGGCCCUCCAGCGCGGCGGAUGUCCCCGCCUCGAAGACCUGCUCCUGGGCGGCAACAGCUUUUCCGACUGCGGGACCGUGGACGUUGCUGCGUUGCUAAGCGAGUUCGGGGCAGUGCCCAACCUGGUGCGGCUGGACCUGCGCCGCAACUUUAUCGGCGAGUCGGGUCUCAAGCGCAUCAUGCAGGCGUUGGGCGUCGGCGCCGUGGCGAAACUCAAGUAUUUAUGCAUGGGCGGGAACAUCAUCACAGACAACAGCGUGUCGCCCGUGGUGGCGCUGCUGUCCAGCACGUUGUGCCCCCAGUUGCGGUUCCUGGGGCUUGAAGAUAACUUUAUCAGCCCCUCGGGGGUACAGAGCAUCAUUGACGCAGCGGUGUGUGGGGGGAUGAUGCCUAAACUGCACAAGGUCGCCGCCGCCGAGUAGGAAAACGGCUCGUUGUUUUUAAUAUUGUACGACCAUAUUUAUUAUUAUUGCCACGAAUCUCG